CUCCUCAAGCCUCUCUCCCGCGGUACCGUCACCCUCGACCCCUCUGACCCCUUUGGAUUACCAGUAGUCCAGUACAACACGCUCCAGAACCCGAUUGAUGCGGAUAACGUCCUAGCCAUCAUCCGGCGCGCGUGCGAGUUUUGGCGUUCUCCUGCUCUUGUCGAGCGUUUCGGUCCUAUUACCGAAGUCAGUCCCGGGGCGGAGUUCCAGACUGACCAGGAGAUCUUGGCAGAGUUAAAGAGGAACCACGCCCUCUUCUGGCCUAGUCUCGCCCACCCGUCUGGGACGUGCGCGAUGAUGUCUGAGCGGUUGGGCGGGUGCGUGGAUGCGGAAUUGAAGGUUUACGGAGUGAAGGGGUUGAGGGUCGUGGAUGCGAGUGUCAUGCCGUUGAUUGUGGGUGGGGGGUUGCAGGCGACUGUCUAUGCUGUGGCGGAGAGGGGGGCGGAUUUGAUUAGGGGGAGGAAGCCGCUGAAGGUGCGUAGGAAUGAGAAGGAGACCGAGGAGGUGGAUGAGACGGAAGAUGGUACGGAAGCGGGGGUUGAUGGGACUGAUGAUAAUGAUGGUUCAGGAAAUGGUGAACCGAGCGCGAACAGACUGGGUGGUUUUACCUGGGGCUUUCCACGGAGACGGGCUUGAUGUGAUAAAGCUUCUUAUGGAAGAUAACCCGAUGAAUGAACAAUUACUUCACUUCUUAUGUACCGACAAAAGAGAAAACCUACCCACAAUAGGUACACCUCUCCCUACACGCACAUACAUUCUAUCACUAUGGCCGCCACAAAAGUCAGCUACAGUCUUCGUAGCUAGGUAUUCAAAAUUGGUAGAGG